AUGGCCCAGAACAACGACCAGGCGCGCAGCAUCGUCCACCGCGUGACCGUCCUCUCCUCCGACCUCACGGUCUACCGUGUCGUGCUCCCUUUCGCCGCCACUAUCCACGGCGAGCUGACGCUCACGGAGGGGGAUAUGAUCCUCGUGACGAAGAAGCGGGCAGAUGGGUGGUGGCUUUGCGUGCGGCUGGAGAACCUGGACGCGCAGGGCUGGGCGCAAAAGGAGUGCCUCAAGGCGUACCAGCACCUGCAGUGGGCGGGGUACGGGGAGUGGGCCCCAGUGCCUAUGGGGCCGAAGAGGGAGCCGCCGCCGAGGAGGCAUUCGUCCAUGUUCUGA